CCCAGUCCGACUUCUGCAGCUCGGCGGCGACUUCUACCCGCGGACCAGCUAAGGCGGCGGCUGCUCCUACAGCCUCCUGAGCCACGGGCCCUGACAAGCUCCAGCCGUUCGCCCACCACCACCCCCUCGGCGCGGUCCUCGCGCUGCCCCAGUGCCUGUCUUCAGAAUGAUUCCCUGCAGAGCAACGCUGUCUUUUGCCCGAUGUCUGAUCCGGAGAAAAGUCGUCACUCUAGACAGUCUAGAAGAUUCCAAACUCUGCCGAUGCUUGUCCACCAUGGACCUCAUUGCCCUGGGGGUGGGAAGCACUCUUGGUGCUGGGGUUUACGUCCUCGCUGGGGAGGUUGCCAAGGCGGAUUCUGGCCCCAGUAUCGUGGUUUCCUUCCUCAUUGCUGCCCUGGCUUCCGUGAUGGCAGGUCUUUGCUAUGCUGAAUUUGGAGCCCGAGUUCCCAAGACUGGGUCCGCGUAUUUGUACACUUACGUUACUGUCGGAGAACUGUGGGCCUUCAUCACUGGCUGGAAUCUCAUUUUAUCUUACGUGAUAGGUACAUCAAGUGUUGCAAGAGCAUGGAGUGGCACCUUUGAUGAACUCCUUAACAAACAGAUUGGUCAGUUUUUCAGGACAUACUUCAAAAUGAAUUACACUGGCCUCGCAGAGUAUCCUGACUUUUUUGCUGUGUGUCUUAUAUUACUUCUAGCAGGUCUUUUAUCUUUUGGAGUAAAAGAGUCUGCUUGGGUGAAUAAAGUCUUCACAGCUGUUAACAUCCUGGUCCUUCUCUUUGUUAUGGUGGCUGGGUUUGUGAAAGGAAACGUGGCAAACUGGAAAAUUAGUGAAGAGUUUCUCAAAAAUAUAUCAGCAAGUGCCAGAGAGCCCCUUUCUGAAAAUGGAACAAGUAUCUACGGGGCUGGUGGCUUUAUGCCUUACGGUUUUACGGGAACUUUGGCUGGGGCUGCAACCUGCUUUUAUGCCUUUGUGGGAUUUGACUGCAUUGCAACAACUGGCGAAGAAGUCCGGAAUCCUCAGAAAGCCAUUCCUAUUGGAAUUGUGACUUCUCUGCUUGUUUGCUUUAUGGCCUAUUUUGGGGUCUCAGCAGCUUUGACCCUUAUGAUGCCAUACUACCUCCUUGAUGAGAAAAGCCCACUUCCUGUAGCAUUUGAGUACGUUGGAUGGGGUCCUGCCAAGUAUGUCGUUGCAGCAGGCUCCCUCUGUGCUUUGUCAACAAGUCUUCUUGGAUCCAUUUUCCCAAUGCCUCGUGUAAUCUAUGCUAUGGCGGAGGAUGGGUUGCUUUUCAAAUGUCUAGCUCAAAUCAAUUCCAAAACGAAGACACCAGUAAUUGCUACUUUAUCAUCGGGUGCGGUGGCAGCUGUGAUGGCAUUUCUGUUUGACCUGAAGGCUCUUGUGGACAUGAUGUCCAUCGGCACCCUUCUGGCCUACUCUCUGGUCGCGGCCUGUGUUCUCAUCCUCAGGUACCAGCCAGGAUUAUCUUAUGAGCAACCCAAAUACUGUCCUGAGAAAGAAGCUCUGGGAUCGUGUGCCAGCGCUGCCUCCAAAAGCAAGUCCCAGGUCACUGUGGUGCCAGAACGGUGCUUCAGCCUGCCAGCCUUCUUCAGCCCCUCACUUCUGCCCACAAAACAGUCGGCUUCUCUCGUGAGUUUCCUGGUGGGAUUUCUUGCAUUUCUCAUUCUGGGCCUGAGUAUUUUGACCACGUAUGGAGUCCAUGCUAUUGCCAGGCUGGAAGCGUGGAGCCUCGCUCUUCUUGUGCUGUUUCUUGUUCUCUGCGUUGCCAUUGUGCUCACCAUUUGGAGGCAGCCCCAAAAUCAGCAAAAAGUAGCCUUUAUGGUUCCAUUCUUACCAUUUUUGCCAGCCUUCAGCAUCCUGGUGAACAUUUACCUGAUGGUCCAGUUGAGUGCAGAUACCUGGAUCAGAUUUAGCAUUUGGAUGGCACUUGGUUUCCUGAUAUACUUCGCUUAUGGCAUUAGACACAGCUUGGAGGGUAAUUCACGGGAUGAGGAUGAUGAUGAAGAUACUUAUUCAAACAACAUUAAUACAGCGGCCAAAGAAAAAUCUGCCAUUCAAGCAAAUGACCAUCACCAAAGAAACAUGAGUUUACCUUUCAUAUUCCAUGAAAAGACGAGCGAAUGCUAGUGCCUGCAGGGGCCGAGCUGGUCCACAGUCUAAAUGUACACAUCCUACGUUGAGUGAACCGUGACGGCAUGUCAUCAUCACACUAGGUUGUCAUGGGUUUGCUGCAGACACAGUUCACCCUAAUUUAUACUUCCUCACCUGGACAGCACCACCUCAGAUGCUGAACUGUGCAUCUGGGGAACCUCCUGAGCUCUCUCCUCAGUGACAAAUAGCCCCAAAUAGCGGGAGUGUGGGAGUGUGUGUAUGUGUGUUUGUGUAUCUUGGGGACUGUCAGUGUUACAAGUUGUUGGUGUUUUGCUGUUAUCACUUUGCAUUUUUCCAGUGUUGUCCUUAAUUGGUAGCAUAUACUGCACAUACUGAAAUGGAGGUAAUCAUUGAAGAGAAAAGUAUUUUGUAUGUGCCAGGCAUGGUUGGGGUAAUGACUGUUGCUUUUCCUUGUUAGGCUUUAUUAAUGUUGAGUUAGAACCUGCUAAAAAUGCAUUUGCCCAUCCUGGGGUCCGUCAUGGGUCUGGAAUUGGAGGAGGGGAUAGGAAAAGAGCCUUUUCUGUACCUUAUAAACUCCAGCAGUGGGUUUAGUGCAGAUUUCUCUCUGUUAGGUAUGACAGUUUGUGAAAAUUUUAGCCAGUAGGAGUGUUCGUGCUGCAAUACUGCACAGGGCACGAGCAGCCUAUGCAUACCCAGAUAGCAGGCACCCCUUUGAACAGCAUGCUGUCUUCUUUGAGAACAGUAGUCUUUAAAUACGAGGGCUUUCACCUGCCACUCCCUCCCCUCACCCCAGUUCAAUCGGGGGCUUGAGAGAGGUAGUGUGGUCCACUGGCUCCCUUUGUGCUGGAAGAUGAAGGUGGUCUCCAUGGCCAGGAAGCCUGUAUAGGUGGCAAAGAUGAGGACAUUUUUGAAGAUCAGAGUAGAUACAUGCUUGGAUAGGGAGAUCCCAAGCCUCCAUGUUUGAAAAAUCACUUAAAGAGUUCUCUUGUGGUGCAGCAGAUUAAGGAUCUGGCAUUGUCACUGUAGCGGCUUGGGUCACUGCUGUGGCGCAGUUCAGUCCUUGACCUGGAAACUUCCACAUGCCAUGGGCAUGGC